AUGAAGUACAAAGUCAAAAUGGUAGUUCAGAGGAACGGCAAACCCAAAAUUCGGGCUGCCGAGUGUGACAAAAUAUGCCCAGCCGGAAAAAGUGUUUGUUGCUGCCGUGUGAUGGUGGUAAUCUGGAAACUGGACGAAAUAUCCAGAAACAAAAAAGUUAAACCUACUGAUAACCGUAGCUGUGGCUCUAAACCAAAGAAAAUGGGAAAUACCAGGGAACAGGACUGUACAACAUAAGCCAAUCAUGACUUUUUAAUCCCCGCCAGUUCUCAGACAUCCAAGAAAGAAAGCGUCGAGGUGUCUAUCCCACGCUGUUCGAUCAGAGACCAUCAAAAUCGCGUACCUUAGAACUAGAAUCAGUUGAAAGAUUGAAAGAAAAUAAACAAAAAGUAAAUCCUGCUGUUCCAUUUCCGAAAAUGAUCCUUGAUGCGGAUAGUAUCAAGGUACUUGACACAAUAGCUGGAGAAAUUGCGUAUGGUGGCUUAUGGUUCUGA